UCGGAGAGUGCCAAGGAGGGAGAGGAUAUGUUUUGGAUGCCCCAGGACUGCUGCCCUAUGUGGCCUGUCAUGCUGCUCCUUCUGCCCCCACACCCUCAUGUACCAAAUGUGUCUUCCCUGCACAACCUGGGGCUGACUCGCAUGGCUAAUGGCAGCCUCAUGAGCAGGAGGGAGGACACAGCCGCUGCCCGGCCAGGUAAGCAAUGCCUCUGGCUGAUUUCUGUUGGGAAUUUUAGUUUCAACUAUUUGACCCUAAGCUGGUUACGCUCCUCUGUACCACCACCCAUUUCCUGGGGAGGCAGCCAGUCUGUUGCUGUGGGUGACCUCUCCAGUCUAUUGCUGUUGGUGACCUCUCCCCACAUCAGAUAAUAGGAACCUGACCUUGGCACGGCUGGUGGGGAGGAUGUGGAUGAGCUCCUGAAAAGCAGUGGCAAAAAGCUGCAGGAUUCCCUGAGAAGGUCAGUGGUGGAAGAAAGAUACUCACCAGGAAGGUGCUGGGGACUUCUUCAGUUCGAAAAUCCCUCAAGUUUGUUUGCCAGACCUGAAAUGCCACUAGGGAAUAAUCAAGGUAAUGUUUGCCAUCAUUUUAAAUGUGAUCCUUUGGAUCCCUCAUGCCCACGGGGUUUGGGCCUGUGUCCGGUCCUGCCCUCCCAACUGCGUGUGCACCCAGGAGCGGAGCUGCUCCGUCCUCUGUGACCGCGCCGGCCUGGGGCAGAUCCCCAGCCAGUUCCCUUGCGAAGCCUCUUCAAUCAACCUGGACAAAAACAGCAUCAAGUUCCUCUCCGAGAGGGCCUUCGGGACCUUGCCUUCCCUCAAAUCCCUGUCGCUCAACCACAACAACAUCUCCUUCAUCACGCCGGGGGCUUUCAAGGGGCUGCCCAGCCUGACCGAGCUGAAGAUGGCCCACAACGAGUACAUCCGCUAUCUCCACACGCGGACUUUCACCGCCCUCAGACGGCUGGUGAGGCUGGACCUGGCGGACUGCAACCUCUUCAACAUCCCAGACAGGAUCUUCAUCGAGCUGCCCGCGCUGCAGGAGCUCUUCUGCUUCCAGAACAACUUCCGAAGGAUCCCAGGCGCCAUCAGGGGCAUGGAAAACCUGACCCACGUUUACCUGGAGAGAAACAGGAUCGAAGCGGUGGCCUACAACUCCCUGCAGGGCCUGAGCAAGCUGAAGUACCUGAAUCUGCAGGACAACAAGAUAAAUGUCAUUCACGAGCGAGCCUUUCAGGCCUGUCAGAAGAUGGAGUACCUGUACCUGAACGACAACUUGAUCAGCGAGCUUCCAGAAAACUCCUUUGUUGGCCUGAGGCAUUUGAAGAUGCUCAACCUGGGGGGGAAUUUUCUCAGGAACAUUUCCAACACCUGGUUCAGGGACCUGGGGGAGCUGGAGAUCCUCUACCUGGACCGCAACAGGAUCAGCUACAUCGAGGAAGGGGCUUUUGAGAACCUCACCAGCCUGGUCUCGUUGCACUUGAACAGCAACAACCUGACGACCCUGCCCUUCUCCGUCUUCGAGCCGGUGUAUUUCCUCGGGCGGCUGUACCUCUUCCGCAACCCCUGGGAAUGUGACUGCCGCAUCGAGUGGCUCAAGGAGUGGAUGGAGAAUUACAGGCUUGUCAGGGAUAUUCCGUGUGCCUCCCCCUCCUCAGUAGCCGGGAUUGACCUGACAGAUGUGCUCUAUGAGAGGUCGCCGGAGGGUUAUUGCCUCGACCCGGUGGAGCUAAACAUCACGUCUGAGGGUCCGACCCCAAGCGAAGAGCCUUGGUCUACCACAGAGAGCAAGUUCAACAGCCUUAUCUCCAAACUCUUGCUCCAGAUGGGCCUUCCUGAAGAGGUGUCAAACGCCACUGAAGUCUACGGUAACACCACGCAGCUGGAUGGACAGACGGAAGGGGUUUCUUCCGGCGUGGGGGAAAACAGUAUCGAGGCCGACUCCUCUUCUUUUUACCUCCCAGCACUUUUUACAGUGAUUGUUUUGCAGUGCAAAUAGUCCAAGGGCUGUGUGGACCACGGGUCCUGCUUAAGCAUUUAGUCCUUGCACCUACUUAGUCAUUAGGGGGAAGUUCGUGCUGGGGGCCUCUGAUACACAACUGGCUCCAAACUCUUCCAGGCUGGGUUGGUUGGGUCUGUCUCCAGAUUCCCCUGGGAGCUGGCGGGAUCUGGUUCAAGGCUGGGUCCCACUCUGGGUGAGAAACCUGCCCUUUGGGUGUCUCAGAGCCUCCUGGAUACCCACAGAGCUCUGUGGAAGAUGAGUAGCUGCAAGGUUGAGUUUUGCCUAGAGAGACUCGUGAUGUUCCCUGUACCUCAACAGGAUUUUGAUCCUUUCUCCCUCUGCUAUCCUGGCACAGAUGCAGGAGAGCCAGAUGGACCCAUGUUUGUCAAAACAUUCUUCUCUGAGGCAAAGCUACUUAACAACAUACUUAUUAGUGUCAUUUCAAUGUAUUUAAUUUUAUUCAAUUAAUAUAUUGUUUCAAGGAAUAUCCUGUUUUUAUUUGUAGAUUAUUUCAUGGCAUGGCAGCAGGGGCAGAGCAUGGUGAUGACAAAUGCAGCCAGGCUCUACUAAAUAUUUUGUAUUUCCACCACUAAUGUGUACCACAUAGUGUAUCAUAUUACAUCAUACUAACCAACCAUGCUCUCAUUUUCUUUAUAUGGCACCUUACAUGUUUUAUCUGUGAAAUCAUCAAUGAAAGCUGCUAAUAUGAUCAGAAAGAAUUAUAAUGUUUUAUGUAUCAAAGCACAUUAAUAAAAUAAUUUGAUA